AGACAGUUAUCACAAGAGCGUAGCUGACGCCCGUUCCAAAAGUCGACAAGUUAUUUUGAGGGCUAAAUAUGGUUAUAUUUUGAUGAUGAUGAGCUUUCUUUUUUUGUUUGAAAAAAGAUAUGUUAGUCUUGUGCAUACAUAUUAGGAUUGACUCCAACUCUCGCGAGAUCUCCUGGCGCGAGAAGCGUCAACUUCAAAAGGCGGUAAGAUGGCGACUUCUAAUUCCGAAGAUGCCACAAGUUUUACGUUUUGGCCCGACAGAGACAAACCUCGCCCGGGACUGCGGCCUGCUAGGGGCAUAGCACGGAGGAAGACCACCAUCCGCCCCUUCAAAAUUGUGAAAGACUGGAGUUCCCCAGCGAGCAGUCAACAUGAUGAUGAUGAUGAUAAGACUCAUACACCAUUGGGUUCGAAAGUGCCCCAGUCCUGCGGUGUUCCUGGCAGCCCUGAAUCAGUGGUGCAUGAGAGCCCACGUCAUGGUAGCUUGCCUGAACAAGAAGAACCACCAGAGAUAGACAUUCAUGAUGCAGGCUCGUCUGCCCAUGGCCAGCGCAGGAAGAGUGGCCGUGUGUCUACUAGUAAGGGUCGCAGUGAGUGGUGGAAGACACGCCCUGAAGCUGGUUCUUCAGCUGACAAGCUGACCCUAGGUAAAGCCUUAACCCCACCUAACGACACUCCUGCAAAAUUGGACUCGAGUACAACACAGCAGAAGAACAAGAAGAGGGGUUCAGAUCUCAGCAGCACGGCACAAUCAGACUCAGAGUCUGUUAAAACCACUGAGAAGAAGAAACAACAGAGUCUCCAGCAAGAAGUCCCAAGCUCUGUCAGAAAUACCAAAAAGAAGAGACAACAGAAACUGACAAGUUUCCAGCCAGACAAGCCAGAAUUGAGUUCUCUUAAAACUACCAGAAAGAAGAAACAACAGAGUAUCGAGUCAGAAGACUCCAACACUGUCAGAAACACUAGAAAGAGGAGCCAACAGAAACAGGCAGACUUCCAGCCAGAUGAGUCAGAUUCAGGUUCUGUUAGAACUACUGGAAGGAAGAAACGACAGAGUAUCGAGCUAGCAGACUCUGACUCCAGUUCAGUUCCAACAACUCAGAAAAACAAACGACAGAGACGGCCCAGCUUCCAGCCAGACGAGUCAGACUUAAGUUCUGAGAAGAAGAAACAUCAGAGAAAGGAGAAUACUCAAGCCUUGAGUUCUACCAGAGCUUCUGGGAAGAGGAGACAACAUUGUGUUGAGCCAGAACACUCAGAUUCAAGUUCGGUUAGAACAACAGGGAAGCAGAAAAGUCAGAGGCGACAGAGGUCCCAGCCAGAAGAUUCAGUUUCCGGUUCUGUUACUGCUGUUGGAAAGAAACGACAGGCGCAGCAGAGUUUUCAGGCUGACGAGUCAGACUCAAGUGCGGUAAUGACAACUGGAAAGAAGAAACGCCAGAGACGUCCAAGUUUCCAGGCAGACGAUUCAGACUCGGGUUCCAUCAGUUGCGUUGGGAAGAAACAACAGGAACAGCAGAGUCUCAAUGAGACACUUCCCACCAGAGCCACCAGCAAGAAGAGACAACCGACACGGCAGAGGUCAGCAAAGCAUGGAUCCGAAAAGACCAGGCCAAGUAGUCAGAGGACACCAGAUAUUGAGUCAAAUGUGCCCUCAGAAUCCAGCAUGCAGAGGACAAGACGUGUGUCCAAAUCUCCAACGGAAUGGUGGAAAGUUACAGGGAGGAGUGGUUCAGACAGCAGAAGCGGGAUGUCCAGUUCAUCUGUUGAGGAAGAGAACCAGAUGGGAUUGUCUUCAGGUUCCUCCAGUUCAUCUGGUGGGUACAGGGGGAUGAAAACACCAAGGAGCCAAGGGCAGGGAGAUGCCAACAACUUUGUCAGUGGGAUUAGCAGGCGUGUCAUCUCAAAACGACCUUCCAUCCCUCUCCAACAUGCAGUUGCUGAUAAUAAAACUAAAGGACAAACUGUGUAUCAGUGGAGUGGAGGUGGGCUUGAGCGUAACCUUGGUGACCUGUCAGACUUGGAUGUGGUGCUGACGACGAUUUACGAUAUGACACAACAGUACCUGGAUGCUUCUGGAGACUUAAUGGAGCCAGAAGUGUGCCAGGAAAUGAUGACACAGUUCAGAGACAGAGUCGUGGCUGCCAUCCAGAGGAAGAUCGACAUUGUACAGAAGUGCAAGUUUGACCAGUCCAGACUGAGGAAGAUGGACCUCACAAUAAGGAAGAGACGUGCAGAGUUGUUGUCUCUACAGAGAGAAGAUAUGAGACUGGACCAACAGCUUGACCAGCUUAAAGAGAAACUCACUGACUCCACUGAGAGGGAGCUGACCCUACAGAAGACCUGCACUUUUCUAAAGGACCUACAGGAACUGCAGCAGAAAUACAUGGACAGCACCUAGGAGCUUAAACCUAGCACCUAA